AUGUGCAUCGGGGGUUGUGCCUGUGCAAGACAUGGCUGCUUUGUCCCUCAUGCAAUGGUGGACUUUCAGAAGGGAGAAAGACAGAUGAAUAUGGACUACACUUUGUAUGAGGGAUUGAAACACAAUGCCGAUGGCAUUCAGCAUGCAUUGACAUGUUAUGAUGUUAACUGCCAGUAUCACAAACAUCUGAAGGACCGUGUAGCUGACAAUCCUUUCUUGGACAUAUGGCCAGAGUUGGAGAUAAUCCCAGGGAUUGGUUUGUGGCAUGUUCAUGACCAUCAAGACAGCUGCUAUGUUCGUUACACUUCGAAAUUUAUCAACGGCGCUGCAAGGAUUGAUGGCGAGAUCAUGGAGACCCUAUGGGCGCCGUUGAAUGUGAUCUCUCCGUCGGCAUGUGGCAUGGGGACACCCCACUGGAAGGAGUGUUUGGAUUAUCAAAUGAACGAUUGCAAUUUCAUGAAAAUGAUCAGAAUGAGUUGGUUGUUCAACCUCAAUUUUCACUGA